AUGUCCUCGAUCCAAAACCUUAACGUUUUUGACCCUUUCGGUGAAGAAGAAGCAGGACAACCCCAAGGCUUUGUUGACUACUUUGUCCUUGACCCAAGGCUUUGCACGAAUCUUUUCUUUUCCGCAGAUAUUCGUAUCCAACAAAGGAACGGUAGAAAGACCUUGACCACCGUUCAGGGUCUUCCAAGUGAUUAUGAUCAAAAGAAAUUGUUGAAGGCCUUUAAAAAGGAAUUCGCUUGUAAUGGUACACUCGUACAAGAUGAGGAACUCGGACAAGUAAUCCAACUUCAAGGAGAUCAACGUCUCAAGGUCCAAAAUUUCCUCUCGGAGGAAGGGAUCGAUAAAAAGAUCAUUAAGAUCCACGGUUUCUAG